AUGCGGCGACGGCAGCUGGCAUGUCUCCUGCUCCUUCUGCUAGAACUGGUCGGCGCCAAGCAGUACCAGUUCCGCAUAGACCACGGCUUUCACUCGGGCGGGGUGUAUGUCCACAUCACGAACGUUUCUCCGAACGUGUGUCGCAUAACACCCCGCGCUCUCACGAUCACGCGACGCAAGAAGAAUGGCCCCCCGACGACGAACGACCCCCAGCCCCCGCGGGCCGCCGCCUUCGGUGAUCGUAUCCAAGUCACCCACCCUACUCAACAGGACGCGCGGCUCUGGCAGACGGUCGACCUCGGGGAUGACGACCUUGGAGACGACACAGGGGACGACUCAGAGUACAACCUAGGGGAGGACUCAGCAGACGACCUAGGGGAGGACUCAGCAGACGACCUAGGGGAGGACUCAGCAGACGACCUAGGAGACGACCUAGAUGACGACGAUGAUGAUGCAGUCGAUGACCGCCGGGGUGAUUUGGGGGAAGACCGCCUAGAGGACGAUGAUUUAGAUGACGGCGAUUCGGAUGACAAUGAAGCGCCUCCGGCGGACGACAGCUUUGCCAGCAGCCAGGGCCGUGCAGAGCGCGUCCUCAGGGGGCAGGGAAUCGUAGAAGCGUGUCUGCACAUCCUGGCGGACUUAAGCUAUGUGCGAAGCCGCUUCUUCUUGAACCCGGUAAUUUCAUUCCACCUCCGCCGUCCUCACCGACACAGCUCCGACCAGAACCAAGGUAGCUUCCGGAACGGCGCCAGGGCCCAGCUGGCGCAUGCCGUCGGUUGGUCCAGUAGCCAUCCAGUAGCCGACGACGCAGCAGCCGACGAUUUAGCUGCCGGCGACGACGGGGAGGACGAAGCAGCGGCGCGAGAUAUGGAGCGGAACGGUUGGGCGCUGCUACGGCUGAUGGCUCGACACCCGUCGGCGUCAGGGGAGAUAAAGCGGGCCGUGGUGUCCUACUUUGGAGACGACCCGGAGGGGUAUGAUCCGGAGGGAUAUGACCCGGAAGAGCCACACGACCGGGAGCGCAAGGGAGAUGACUUGUUGAGAGGGUCUGGGGUACUGGAGAAUUUGGUGGGGUCUGGGAGUUACGCCCGGGUUUGCGAAGGCGCUACGGACUGGUUGGCGGGCUCGUUGCCGAAUUCACCUGAACACCACGUCCGACCGCGUCCUGGUGCCGGUUGUCCGGCAAACCACUUAUUGUGUGUUCGACAUGUCCGUGCGGCGCACUUCGCGAAACACCUCCCCAUCGGCCUUGUCCACUUUAACUGGCGCGAGUCAUUCCUGGGACAGAUAGCGCAUUUGCUUCGCGACCUGCAUUGCCACCCACUGGUGCACACGAUCGAGGUCGACCGUCCCGUGGGUGUGACUGAGUGGACUGGCGAGCUGGACCGUAGUGAGAUGGAUCAUGAUGAGGUGCACGAUGAGGAGGUGGACCAUGGCGAGGUUGAAAGUGUCGGUGGAGGAGGUCCCGUUGGGGUGGCCCACGAAGGUGUGCGGCGCGUGUCGAAUGAUCCGUUGACGAACAAGCAGUGGCAUCUGCAGGCGCUGCACGUGGACGCGGCCUGGGCACUGGGGGCUGCGGUAGGUACACGUGUUUUAGUCGUAGACUCGGGUGUGGAGACUAGCCACCCGGACUUGGCGCGGAACUUUUGGCGCGGCGGACCGACACCGAUCGGACGACCGGGUUCCUCUGGUCAGCUCGGGCCCUCGGGGGUGGGUGCUGUGAGUGUAUUAGAAGGGGACCCGUCGCCGGAAGAUGGGGUAGGACAUGGGACUCACUGUACAGGAUUGGUGGCGGCGGAGGUCAAUAACCGUUUGGGUGUGGCAGGGAUGACGAAUAAUUUUGUAGAGGUAUUCACGUGUAAGUUUUUGAGUAAGGCUUCUGGACAGAUGACGGAUGCCAUCAAGUGCCUUGAUCUGGCCCUCAGUGGCGGCUUUCAUGUGGUCUCAGCCAGUUGGGGUGGUGGCUUCCGUCUCCAAGCGCUGACCACAGCCAUCAACGCACUCCAGAAAGUGGACAUUCUUUUCGUGGCUGCCGCCGGAAAUAGCGGCCUCAAUUUCGACGCCGGAGCACCGAGCUUCUGGCCCGCCUGCGAACGGUUCCCACAUCAACUUACUGUCGCCGCCAUCAAACCCAGUAAUCGCAGCCCGGUCGGGGUUCGGAACCCGGUGGGGUUUCGGACCCAGUCGUCUGAUGAUGGAGGUGCCCAGUCGCCUAUAGGUCGGACCCCACCUGUGCCUAUAGGUCGGACCCCACCUGUGGGUGCCCAGUCGACUGGGGGGGACAUCUUUGAGUUGGCCAGUUUCAGCAACUACGGCCACACAUGUGUCGACGUGGCGGCACCCGGUCAAAGGAUUUACUCGACCGUGCCCGGACAUAGUUAUGGCAGCAAGUCGGGCACGUCGAUGGCUACGCCGAUUGUGGCGGGGCUGGCCGCAAACGUGCGGGCGCGACAGCCAUUGCUCACUGCCUUACACACCUCCGAAUUGUUGCAACACACCUCCGAACCCGGCGCUUCGUUUGCACAAACUGUAACCGCCGGCGGUGCAGUCCACGCACACCGUGCCGUUCAGGCAGCCGCUUGUGCCAUCUUCCUCAAACGGACCACCCCAACCUCUAAACCUCGACCACUUCUUGGAGCGCCGAUGUUUCUCAGACCCCAAGAAACCGGAGUACUCGCCGUCCUACCUGAUACCAGCAAACAUGACACACGUUAUGCCUUCAAUCUCACACUCGUCUUCGCUUCCGUCAUCAACGGAGUCCUACCGCCUGUCGCCACCGGCCAAGUCAUCACCGUCGAGUCCAGCGCUCUGCUCUGA